AUGGGUAGCACGGGAACGGGCAGCACGGGAAGCACGGGAACAGGUGGCACGGGAGACACGGGAACGGGCAGCACGGGAGGCACGGGUAGGACACGGGCAGCACGAGAGGCACGGGUAGGACACGGACAGCACGGGCAUCACGAGAAGCACGGGAACGGGCGGCACGGGAGACACGGGCAGCAAGCACGGGCAUGGGAAGAACACGGGCGGCAACAGGGGUCGAGUAUGGGCAGAGCCGGGGUGCGUACAGGCACAGCAGAGGUAGGUGCGGUAGAGGGGGGCAACGAGGGAGGGACGUGGGGAAGGGACGGGGCGGGACGGGAUGGUCGCGUAGUGCAGAUUCAGAUGGGGUGGUCGAUGGCGGGUUCGUCAGCGGGCUCGCUGGCGCGCUCCCUGGCGGGUCCGUCGGCGGGUUUGUUGGGGAGCUUGUCGGCGGUCUCGCUAGCGCGCUCGUUGGCGGGUGCGUCGGCGGGUUUGUCGGCGGGCUCGCUGACGCGCUCGCUGGCGGGUCCGUCGGUGGGUUUGCGGGCGUGCUCCCCAUGGGCAGAACGUGACGAGCUUCGGGCGGACGGCGCGAGAGUUACGGCACGGGAGGCACGGGAGGCACGGGAGGGCACGGGCAGCACGGGAGGCACGGGAGGACACGGGCAGCAUGGGAGGCAGCACGGUACGGGCAGCACGGGAGGCACGGGAGGACACGGGCGUCACGUGAGGCACGGGAGGGCACAGGCAGCACGGGAGGCACGGGAGGACACGGGCAGGAUGGGAGGCAGCACAGUGCGGGCAGCACGGGAGGCACGGGAGUACACGGGCAGCACGGGAGGCACGGAAGGACACGGGCAGCACGGGAGGCACGGGGACAAGGCAGGGGAUGAGUGGAGGAGGAGGCGGCUGAUGCUGCAGCUAGACUCACACCACCCACACCCCCUGAACCCCCCCCCACAGCUGCAGCAUUCCGUUGACGGGCCCGUUGGCGGGCUCGCUAGCGCGUUGGCAUGUCCGUUGGUGGGCUCCCGGACGGUGCAGGUGCAGUGGCGAGGAGGAGAAAAAGGGAGGGGGCUGGGGGGUCAAUGGGGCUUCAGUACCCCCGCAGCCUCGGCUGCCAAUCCCGCCACUCCCCCCCCCCCCACAGCGCCCGUCGAAGCAGGGCGCAGCAAGUGGAGGGGCAGCGGGAAGCGGGCUGGCGCAUGCGCGUAUGCUCCUGCUGUUGGCCGCGUGCUGGCGAGGGGCGUGCGCGCUCCUGCUGCUGGUCGCGCGCUGGCGAGGGGCGUACGCGCUCCUGCUGCUGGUUGUGCGCUGGCGAGGGGCACGCGCGCUCCUGAUGCAGGUUGCGCGCUGGCUGGCAGCGCGGGCGCGCUACUAUUGCCGAGCUGGAAGGAGGCGCGCGCGCUACUAGUGCCGGUCGCGCGCUGGCGUGCGGGUCGUGCCAUAGGGCCUGCUGCAGGGCGCGCGCGCGACAUCGUCGUGGGCGGCAGCAAGAAGUGGACGCUCGGCGUCAGCACCUGGAAGCCCAAACCCUUGGCGAAAGCAGGCGACGUGCUUGUGUUCCAGUGGAGUGGGUUCCAUGACGUGUGGCAGAUGAGCAAUGCUGCAGCCUUCAAGGCCUGCAAAUUUCAAGCUGCUGAGCAGAAAGCGCCCGCUGCCACGGGCACGUCGUACAAGUGA